ACGGGGAUAUUAAGUUUCGUUUAGAGACUACAUGGAAAGCAAUAGAAGGCAAAAUGGUUUCCCCAUCAACCUUUGGGCUCUUCUUGUCAAUACAACUUGUAUUGCUCCUAGCUCAAGACGAUCAGUCACGUUUUAUAUACAACUUUUGCAGCAAGAACGGUAACUACACCCCCGGUAGCACCUAUCAGACAAACCUGAACAAUCUUCUCGGUUCUCUUUCCUCCACCGGCAAUGAUAACGGCAACGGUUUCUACAGUUCCUCCGUUGGAGUAAACUCCGACAAAGUUAAUGCAUUCGGCCUCUGCAGAGGAGAUGUCAAGGCUGGUGAUUGCGAAAGUUGCGUCAGCCAAGCUAUUGAUCCUCUCAAAAGAGCUUGUCCUGUCCAGAAGGAGGCCAUUAUAUGGUACGACUAUUGCAUGUUACGCUACUCGAAUGAAUCAUUAUAUGGCAUCGUGACAACAGACCCUUCUGUGUUUCUGUCAAACACACAAAACGUUUCGUCACCGGAUGAGUUCAAUCGGCAGCUGAAGUUGUUAUUGGAAGGACUAAUUACUAAAGCUGCAGCAGGAGGUACUGAUAGGAAGUUUGCACUGGGCACAAACACAACCGCCAGCUUUGUAACAAUAUAUGGAUCUGCACAGUGUACUCCAGAUUUGUCGCUGGAAGAAUGCACCCAAUGCUUAAAUGCAGCGUUGGCACAAAUCCCACUAUAUAGUUAUGGGAAGAAAGGUGGGACUGCUGUUGCACCAAGUUGUAUCUUAAGGUAUGAAGAAUACGACUUCUUUUACCCCACGGCUGAUGCACCCGCUUCGUCGCCACAAUUAGAAACACCAGUCUCUCCUCCUCCACCAGAACCGCCAGGAAAGAAGAAGAACAAUACAUCUCGGAACAUCAUCAUUGCGAUGACAAUCGUUGUUUCUCUGGCACUGAUUGCAUUGGCAAUUUGGAUUUAUCUGACAUUUUGGAAGACAAAGAAACCACUUGAAGAAGCAGAUGAAAUUAUGAGCGCAGAAGCCUUGCAAUUCGAGUUUGAUUCCAUUAGAGUUUCUACAAAUGACUUUUCUGAAGCAAAUAAGCUUGGACGAGGAGGAUUUGGUGCUGUUUAUAAGGGUAGGCUUUGGAACGAAGAGGAGAUAGCAGUUAAAAGGCUCUCCAGAGAUUCUGCACAAGGAGAAAUUGAAUUUAAAAAUGAGGUGGUGCUAGUGGCAAAGCUUCAACAUCGAAAUUUAGUUGGGCUCCUUGGUUUCUGUCUGGAGAGAAAUGAAAGACUUCUUGUCUAUGAGUUUGUCCCAAAUGCAAGUCUUGAUCAUUUCGUAUUUGAUCCAAUCAAGCGUGAACAGUUGGAUUGGGAAAUUCGCUACAAGAUUAUACUAGGGAUUGGGCGAGGACUCCUUUACCUUCAUGAAGAUUCUCGUCUUAGAAUUAUCCAUCGUGAUCUCAAAGCAAGUAAUAUUUUAUUAGAUGCAGAAAUGAACCCCAAAAUUGCAGAUUUUGGUAUGGCAAGAUUGUUUAAUAUCGAUCAAACACAAGGCGAAACCAGUCGAGUUGUGGGAACUUAUGGAUAUAUGGCUCCUGAGUAUGUAAUGCGCGGACAUUUUUCUGUGAAGUCCGAUGUCUAUAGCUUUGGUGUGUUGGUUUUGGAGAUAGUAAGCGGACAGAAAAAUAGCUCUUUUCGUCAUGAAGGAAAUUUGGAGGAUCUUCUAGGCUAUGCAUGGAAUAGUUGGAAGGGAGGGACAUCUUCAAAUUUGAUAGAUCCCAUGUUGAGGACUGGUUCGAGGCCUGAAAUAGUGAGAUGCAUCCAUAUUGGAUUGUUAUGUGUUCAACAAAGCAUAGGUGAUAGACCAACCAUGGCUGCAAUCAUUCAAAUGCUUACCAGCAACUCUGAUGAUCUCCCAGUACCCUCACAACCAGCGUUUUAUAUGUAUAAUCAAGGCAUUGGAUCCUCAUCCGACAUGUCGUUGGGAUUUGAGAGUAACUCAGGAUUGACAUGGUCUGAUCAAUCCAAAAGCAACUCCGCCAACAAACCUAUACUUGAAUUCAAAUACCCGUUAAAAAUUUCACAGACACGUUUUUUAUAUUUUAUUUUGUUAUUUACUAUUGAUAUGUUAAUUUUCCUAUCAAUUAGCUUUAGAGAGACGUUAAAAAUAACUUAGCUUUGACUAAUUAAGGAACAACAUCCCUUGUUUU